UCCAAUUUGAAAAAUUGGAAUAGUGUUAUUUGUUUACAACUCUAAUUCAAUUCAAAUUACGUUAAGAUCAGAAUUCCAAUCCUUCAAUUCCGCAACGUGAAGAUCAGCCAAAUAGAAAGCUGCUUAUGCCCGGGAUGGGUUCAGCUGGCCCGGAUUCAUCAACCUCAACCCGACAGAAUUCACCCUGCAUCUGUGUGUUUGGUGAGUCUUCUGAACGAUACAGAUGAGUAGCAGUAACAAUCCGCUGAUGUCGUCUCCUGCGAGGUCUUCGAUAUCUACGACGGCAAUUUUCGGUGCAAACGUUCCGCUUGUGGCGUCUCUUGCUGUUGACGACUACCACUUCCCCGCCGAUCUUAUAUCCGUUCAAGACCGAAAGGACGAGGCUCUACGAGUUCUCAAAUCUGACAUCGUGGCUGCACUUAAUAAAGUGGUUAAAUCCCUGGAUGAAGAUAGCUGGAUGUUUGAUGGGCCUCGAUCUCAUAUAAACCUAAUUUCAAGGCCAGGUAGUUUUCUUCAGAAGCGUAAGGAAAUGGUACAAGAGCACACUUUGGCACCAUCAAAAUGAUGGAAAAGAGCCUUCUUUUUUGCUCCAACGUGAUGUUCUACAACUCUUUAACAAACGCAGUUUUAACUUUCUUCUUCCCCUUGCCCCACCCCUAAACAAUCAUAAGCGCCGACCUACAAAAAAGUUCACCAACUUUUUUCACCCGAUUGUCAAAGAUAUUUGGAAUAAGGUGAGGUACUGUACCUAUAACACGUAUGAUUAGUUCACAUUAUUAAUUCAUCAUUUAUUUAUAUUUUUAAUUGUUUAAUUGUAACAUUUUGAUUA